UAUAAUACACUUAACUGUCACUAAGUAACAUCAUAAUUUAUUACUAUUACAAUACACAAAUAUAUGUUUAAAAUUUAAUUACAGAGGUACCUCUAUACAAUUUCACAAUCAUAAAAAUUAUUAUUAUUUAAUAACACAAUAAAUAAUACGGGAAGGUACCUGCGAUCAACCUAAGUUUUUAAUAGGUAAUUUUAAUUUAAAAAAUGAUCAAUAAGUAUACGUGUAGAACUGAAAACAAAAACACUCUGAAAAAAAAAGAAAAAAACGAUUUACAUAAGGAUAAAACACAGAAAACACAACCCAGAACAUGCCAAGAAUUGUGGAAAUCUGGCGUAUUAUGUUCGUCAAUUAACCCAUUAGAGAGGAUCAAGUGUUUUGAAAGUGGUUGUUGUCUUAUGUCCCCAAUACCUACUACAGAUGAUUAUAAAUCUAAACUAUUAUUUGAGCCAUUGUUUUCCAGGAGAACAUCAUUUGCGAUUUAUAAAGAAGUAUUCAAAGAUCAAAGAUGUACAUGUGUUAAAUUCAAUGGUAUUGAAAAUGAAUGUAAACAUCCGGAAUGCAAACAAAAUUUAAAGUGUUUAACCCUACCAUUAGCAACAUGUUCACCAGCUGAAAAUUGGAAUAAAUAUUUUGGUCAAACUUCAUGAAUAAAUAAUUUUUUAUGUA